CCGGAUGUGUAUGUGCGUUGCGGGAGCUCCAACGUGUGUUGUGAGCGGUUUGCGCUGAGGGAUAUUUUGGGAAGGAAGGGAUCAUGGGCAAAAAAAGUAAAAAGGACAAGAAAGGAAAGGGACUUGAAAAAAACGCGACUAAAAUGGAGAAAAAGAUCUCCAAACGGUCGAAGAAAGAGGAGGAGGAUCUAGAAACAUUAAUAGCUGAAUUCAAGCAACUUGAUGCAAAGAAAACUCAAGUAACGGAAGUCGCAUGUUCUUUUCCUUCACCACGGUUGAAUGCAUCAUUGUCAUCUUGCCCUGAGAAGGAUGAAUUGAUUCUCUUUGGGGGUGAAUAUUUCAACGGUCAAAAAACUUUUCUCUACAAUGAGUUAUAUUUAUACAACAUAAAGAAGAAUGCAUGGACAAAAUUUGAAAUCCCAAAUCCACCAGCACCACGCUCUGCCCAUCAGGCUGUGGUUGUUCCUCAAGCAGGUGGACAGCUUUGGGUAUUUGGAGGAGAAUUCGCAUCACCAAAUGGUGAACAGUUUUACCAUUAUAAGGAUCUUUGGGUGCUACAUCUUGCCAAUAGGAUGUGGGAACAAAUCAAGGUGACGGGUGGACCAUCAGGUAGAAGUGGACAUCGGAUGGCUGUUUGUAAGAGACAGAUCUUAGUAUUUGGUGGAUUCCAUGAAAGUGCAAGGGAUUUUAUUUACUAUAAUGAUGUCUACUCCUUUAACCUGGAUUCAUUUACAUGGACAAAGCUGUUUCCUUCUGGAACUGCUCCAUGCCCUCGUUCAAGCUGUUCGAUAGCUUCCACACCUGAUGGAAAUGUAGUCAUUUAUGGAGGUUAUUCAAAGCAGCGAGUGAAGAAAGAUGUAGAAAAAGGCAUUGUUUAUACUGAUAUGUUUCUCCUGAAGAAUGAGGGGAAAGAAGGUGAAGAAGACAAAUGGACCUGGGUUCGCUUGAAUCCAACAGGUGUGAAGCCUUCACCACGAGCAGGAGCCUCUGUGGCUGUUGCCCCAAACAAUCGCAUUGUUCUUUUUGGUGGUGUGCAUGAUGAAGAGGAAGAAGAGGACAUUCAAGGAGAGUUUUUUAAUGACAUUUAUUUAUAUGAUAUGGUAAAGAAUCGCUGGUUUGCUGGGAAUUUAAAGGAACAUAAAGGAGAGAAAAGAAAACGAAGGCGUGGAACAAAAGAAGAAGAAGGUGUCAAAGUGAAAAGUGAAAGUCCUGAGUCCAGGAGUUCAACAGAAAUUGUGAAGGAAGUUGUAACUGAAGAUGGCACUGUCAUGACUAUAAAGCAGGUUAUAAACAAUUCUAAUAGCAAACCAGUCACAGAAAAUGAUCUAGAAGAGGAGGAGGAGGAGGGGGAGGACAAAGAUUCUGAAACAAGUCAGUCCAAUGAACCAUGUCCUCGGUCCAGUGCCAUGGCAGCUAUUAAACACGGUGUAUUGUAUAUCUACGGCGGAAUGUUUGAAGUGGGAGACAGACAGUUUACUUUAAAUGAUCUUUACUCCAUUGAUCUACACAAGAUGGAUGAAUGGAAAGUUUUGGUAGAAACUGAUCCAAAGACUCAAGAAUGGCUGGAUGAAGAAGAGUCAGAGGAUGAGGAAGAGUGUGAAGGAGCUGCAGGAGGGGAAGAUGAAGAAGAUGAGGAAGAGGAUGAUGACAGCACUGAAGAAGAAGAAGAUGACCAUCCUGCAGUGCAGCCACAGGAAUCUUACUCAGAAUAUUUGUCACGCACGGAGACUUACUGGAUUAAGCUUGCCAAGGAUAAUAUGGGCCAGAAUGCCAAAGAGAAAAAGAUUUUGAAGGUGGCACAGGCAAUGGCAAAGACUUUUUAUGAUAAUGUGUGAUGGUCAAAAGUUAAUCAGGACUGAAACAUGGUUAAUUUAAUUUUGUUAAUAGGCUAUAAUUGUUGCCUGAAAAUACAAAAACACAAUUUAUUGUUUAAUUAAUUGCAACUGCUUUAUAUUUUCCUACACAAAGUUUUAAAGCUAAUUUCAAGCAGAUUGAAUAUGUUGUCUUUACUGUAAUUUUUACAGACGAUUGUAUUACACCAGAGGUAUUAGUUUUACUAUUUUUAACGAUCCAUUGUUUACCAUGAUUAUGUUGCUUAUAAUGUUUUACAUCUAAAUAAAUAGUUCAAUCAGUUCUUAACUCCAAAGGAAAUGUCACCCCUCUUCACCAACUGUGACAUAAAAUGAAAAUAAAAAUUAUCCCUCA